GCUUGACACAAUCAUCAUCUUCAAGACGACCGCAUCAUGAGUGGAGCUGGACGUAAGAGCGGAUAUCGCAAAGGAGUUACCCAAGACGUCCUGUAUGGUGAACCUGUGCCUGAAGCUGGCGAAGUGAUCGUUCAGGUCCAAGCAAUGCGUGGAAGCAACUUGUUCGAGAUUGUGACGAGCGAAGGCGAAACCGGCAUCGCCAUGCUGCCCACCAAGUACCGAAAGCUUAUUUGGAUCCGCCGUGGGGACUUUUUGAUCGUUGCGGCAGCCCAUGGCGCACACAAGGGAGCUGUGAACUACUCGGUGGAGCACAUUUUAUACAAAGACCAGAUCAAGCAGUUGAAGAAGCAGAACUUGUGGCCUGACUCUUUCAACGUGGACGAGGCUGACCUCGAACCAAAGGCGGCGGACGGCGACGCGGCCUCUGCCCUGGGAAAGAUGGCGCUUGGCAGCACGAAGGAAACCUCAGACGAUUUAGAGUGUGACAGCGACCCGAUGCUGUUUGUGAAUCGGAAUCGAGCGGGCGGCCAGUACGUAGAAGAAGACGACAGCGACGACGAAUAAAGCCAUGCUCCAGCGCCGUCCACGGCAUACAUGAGUAGUGUUAGUCGUGGACGACCAACUAAAUCAGUACCAGUUUCGAAAUAUAUUUCAUUGUUAUUACGUGUU